UGGUGCUGUUUCGCAGGGUGUGUGCGACAUGUUGCUUUAACUAUAUUAAAUAUUUGAUCAGUUUCGAAGUUUUGGAGCAUCUGUUCAGUCCGCGAGAAGCAGCGUAUGUGUGCAAGUUUUUACUGAUGCUGGUAGCCAUCUAGUGAAACAAACAGCAGAAUUUGAUAAUACAUAAGCUGUCAGCCCUGGCGCCCACCAGGUGAAGGAAAUCAGCCCUGGUAAAUGUCACACCUUCGCAAUUCAGUAGACACCGGAUCCAAUGUAAGGGAAGGGUCACACUAAAUCAUACAACAAUGAAAGGUGGAACACGAAAACGCAGAAAAAGGGAACCUCAAAAGACACUAACAAAGAAAACCACCUCGGACACUGUCUCAUUUCAAGCCACAGAGGAAUCAAAUCCUGUACCAGGCAGUGUUGUCACCGACGUCUGCCAGUCCACGGGAAGUUCCUCACCAAGCACUCCAAAACGAGGCAGGGGACGAAGGAGACAGACACAAGAAGCCCUCCUCACCUCCACACCAGUCCGCAGCUCCUCCACUGACAUCCUGUCCAACAACUCAAAGUCUCCUCCUGGAGCAGAACAAGUGGAGCCAGAACACACUAAACUCAUCACAAAGUUAAAGACAUCAGAGGGAGAUUCACCACGCUGCAAAUCAAAGUCUCAGAGCAGACGAAGGAGGGCUCACGCUUCCCAGCCCAGACCAGUUAGAAAAAGGGCGAGGAAGGAGCAAACACAGGCCUGCAGUAAAACCAAUGGAUCUCCAGCCAAGUGCCGGCGAGGCAGGACGCGGAAAUUGGAGACGCGAAAUUUACAGAGGGAAAGCACGACUCAGUCAUCAGAACGCUCGAGACCAAGAUUCGAACUGGAGAAGCCUGACACAGCAGAGCAAGACGAGUCUUUGCUGUCUUCAGAUCUAUCGAUAGAGCUGAGCAUCCCUGAGGAACAGCUGCCAUCUUUGUCCUUCCCAGAAGAUGAGGAAAGUGAUGAGGAAGAGGAAGAGGAGCUACCAAGCUUCUUGGUGGAGUUGGACAAAAAGCCCCUGUCCAUCACAGAGGGGGUCUUUGUCUGGUAUAAAUUCAGAAACUAUCCCUUCUGGCCUGGAUUGGUAAAAAGUGUGAAUCGUAAACAGAAAAAAGCCAGCAUCAUGCUCAUUGAUGGCCCAAUGAUUCACAAAAAGAAAGGGUUUACUGUGGCCCUGAAAACCCUGAAGCCUUUUGACUGUGAAGAAGCUAAUGAGCUGGUGCGUAAAGCCAAAGAACAAUAUGAUGCUGCUAUUGAGUGGUCCUUGGAGCUCAUAACAGACUACAGAAUACGCAUUGCAUGUGGCUCAUUUUCUGGCUCCUUUCUUGAGUACUUUGCUCAUGACAUGAGCUACCCAGUGAGGAGGAAGUACCCGCAGGCAGCCUCGGAAAGACUAACCAUCGCCAGUGAUUUGAUGAUGGAGGCGCCAUGUGAUGAUUAUAAGGAGGACAGCUUUAAUGAUCAGCACGAGGAGGUCAGCAGGAGUUCAAAAAGGCUGCUGCCAGACCGGAGUCAUGCCGCCCACAACCGUGCUAAUGAGAAGCUCGUACAUUUCAUAGUGAAGCAGCGCAUGGUGGAAGGACGCCUUCUGGCUGUAAUCCGUGGCCAGCAGCAGUCACGAUGGCUUUGCUCCUUUCUGAGUGCGCGCCCGAGGCGGGUGGUGAACAUAUACCUGGAAGAUGACCAGCAGCUGGACCAGGUCUACUGGUACCUGAAUGAGCUCUAUGCAACGGCUAUAGCCACCACCCCCUGCCUGGCUGAGAUGAAAUCCAUAGAGCGAGUCCCCUUCGUCCUGGAUGUGCUUCUUCCUGAGGCCAUCAUCUAUGCCAUAGCUGGAGUGGACAAUGUCUCGGUAAAAAAGGCAGAAGAGAAGUACCUAAAGGGACGAUGUAUAAGUCACAGGGAAAGACAAGAGUUUGAUCUCAUGAUUGAGCGGCAGAUGAGGAAAAAGUCUCAGUGUCAGAACCUUGUGAUCGUCUCUGACCCCAUCAGUUAGAAGAUUUGAGUAUUGUAAAACAGGAGAUUAUUUUUGUAUUUUUUUUUUUGUUUACAAAAGAUGUAGCAGUAUUUGCAUGGCUCACAAUCACUGAUAAACCGUGUCAAAUCAAUCUACCAACUGUGCUUUGCAUUUUAAGAUACAAACUUGUACAUACUGAAUUUUAAGCGUCUAAGCUGUUCAAACGGGGAGCUUAUAAGCAACUGGUUCAUAAUGCCUACAGUAAUAAUAACAAGUCUUCAUUUUUUUAUAUUAAAGACUUAUGUCUGCAUAUGCUUA